UAUUCUACAAUUCUUGUAUAAAAUGAAUAUUAGAAAUGCCAGGCCUGAUGAUUUAAUAAAUAUGCAAAACUGUAAUCUUUUAUGUUUACCUGAAAAUUAUCAGAUGAAAUAUUAUUUAUAUCAUAUUUUAUCUUGGCCUCAAUUAUCCUAUGUUGCAGAAGAUGAAAAAGGAAAAAUUAUUGGUUAUGUUUUGGCUAAAAUGGAAGAAGAUUCAGAAGAUGACCCUCACGGUCACAUAACAUCAUUAGCUGUCAAAAGACCAUUUAGACGCUUGGGAUUGGCUCAAAAAUUGAUGGACCAAGCCUCUUUUGCAAUGGUUGAAUGUUUUAAAGCUAAAUAUGUUUCUUUACAUGUCAGAAAGAGCAACAGAGCUGCUUUAAAUUUAUAUAUCAACUCAUUAGGCUUCAAUGUUAUAGAAAUAGAACCAAAAUAUUAUGCAGACGGUGAGGACGCAUAUUCAAUGAAAAGAAAUUUGGAAACAUUUCAGCUCAAAACGAUGCAAUCCACAAAACGAGACUCGGAUAAUGAGGCUAUGAGGCAAAACAUGGCCAAUAUAUUGCCGGAACUCUUAAACGAUUUGAACAAAUGUCCUAUUAUGCGCAAACAGCAAAAAGAAAAAUCUAAAAAUCAUGACACUAACGUUCAGAUAUUGUCGGAAAGAAUGGGAGACAAAUUAAAUAUAAAUGAUUCUGGAGAUCACGAUGACUCAACAACACCCGAUCAAGUUAAGGAUACGAAUACUCAUCAAUUACUGCUUCCCAAUAGCGAUAAAGUGGUCAAAAAGAAGAAUAAGAAAAAUAAGAAAAAAAUAAUUAUUGAACCUGAUGCUUGAUAUGUAUUCUUUUUACUAAGUCGUUUUUUUGAUUUAAUUUGGAUUACGGAUAUUUAAGAAAAUAGUUAAAUUAAAUAUGUCAUUAUAUAUAUUUUCA